AUGGAUGAAUCUAAUAAGGAAUUAAUUAAUAAUGUACCACAUUCACGGGCAAAAACGCGACCAUCUGGAAAAUGUACAUUAGCUAGGAAACUUAUUGGAUUGACAGGUUUUGAAGCAUUAUUAGUAUUAUGUCGAGUGAUAUUGGAAACAGAAUCAUUACGUUUACCUCCCGGAAAUACUCAACGCUUAAUUUUAGAAGGUCAAUUAGCUUUAGAAUGUUUAAGUUUAUUUACAUUGACAUUAUUUGUUGUGGAAGUUCCAUUUAAAAUAUGGGCUAUGGGGAUUCGUCAAUGGGGUCGUCAAUUAUUAUUUAUUAUAGAUGGUCUUGUAUGUGCAGUUUGUUUCUCAUUAGAUAUCUAUAAUAUUUAUCGACAUUCUAGUCGACCAUCAAGAGGGAUUACGUCAUCAAAAGUUUUAGAAUUAUGUAAUUAUUUACAUAUUACUUCACAAGCAGAUACAGCUUCAACAUUUGCUGAAAUCUUUGGUCUUAUGAUUGUUUAUAGAUUAUGGUAUAUUAAAAGAUUUAUAAAAAGAUUCAAAGUUAACGCUUGCCUUGUGAUGCAUUUAAAUGAUUUCCGUAAUGUGUGUCCUAUCCACUUCAAACAUCAUUUCCUAUAUAUAUAAUUUGCAAAAAUGAAAUAAUACUGAUCGAGUGGAUACGUUACGUAAUAAUUAUGUGAUAACAUAUCGAUUAUAAAUUGGAAGAAAGAGAAGUAAUCAUGAUCAAAGUAAUUAUUUGAAAAUCAAGCAGUUGCUACGUUGCAUAAUAUAUAGAAGAGAAAGGAGACAGAAUACUUUUUUAUUUUGAGAUCAUAAACCGAUUGAUGUUAGACCACCAUUGAAAACCUGGAAGCACUGGACAUCCGUUUCGUCCCAUUGUGGGACAUCUCAACAGUGCGCAUCCACAAUCCCGACCGCGGAAUUCAAACCCAGGGCCUUCAGUCUCGCGUGCGAACGCUUAACUUUUAAACCAUUGAGUCGGCAUCCAACAGUGUUAAUGUCUAACCUCAACCAGUCCACGAAGUUGCGCGACGAUCUUCCAUUGUAAUGAGGUAGACACCUGUUUCUACCCGACACGGAAUAUUUUAAUGAAUCGUCAGUAAUAUAGUAGCUAUGUAAGAAUCAAGAAAUGAAUGUUGGGAAUAAGUAAAAUACAAAAAAAUACAAAGAAACCACUGAAGAAAUACGAGAAUCGUUUAUCAUAGUUCUGCUACAAACUUCCCUAUUAUACUGAUGGCCAAAGUAACGAGAAUGAUUGUACAAACCUCGUUUAAAUGCAAAGGUUAGGUUUGUGAACAUGGAUUGUAAUAACUUCAGCAAUGUGCAAAAGACUCAC